CUCAACAUCAUCUUCACAAUGAGUGAAAAAGCCAGCGCGUCAGCAAGUCAAGGUGAAUCAUUUGGCCCAAUAUAUACAAUUGAGCCAGUAGAACCGCAUACACAUACAGCAAUCCUCCUCCACGGCCGAGGAAGCAACAGUGAAGAGUUCGCCCGAGAGCUAUUCGAAGAGACUCUACUUUCAGAUCAAGCCAAUCUCGCUCAGAAAUUAUCCAGUUGGCGAUGGGUGUUUCCUUCUUCGCGUGAGCUAUGGAGCACGGCUUUCCAAGAAGACAUGCCCGCCUGGUUUGAGGCUCAUUCUUUGACGGAUACUACGGCUCGGCAAGACCUCCAGAUUCCGGGUAUCAAGGAAUCGGUCAACUAUAUCAAAGCGAUCUUAGACCAGGAGAUUGAGAGACUUGGUGGGGAUACAACGAAGGUAGUCUUGGGUGGAAUUAGCCAAGGUGCAGCAGUGGGAAUGUGGACUUUACUUUGCCUGGAUUCUAUUGAGCGACCACUCGGCGCAUUCCUCGCUACAAACACCUGGCUUCCUUUCGCUUCCAGUAUUAGAGAUUACCUAUCCAAUGAUAGGCCGGCAACUACAGAUGAGGGACUUGGAUUUGCCGCUGAAAUGCUGGCCCCGUCAAAGGUCUCAUCUACUCAAUCUCGCGAAAGGCUUCUGUCAACGGCUGUCUUUCUUGGCCAUGGAACUGAUGAUGCGUACGUCGAUGUUGAACUGGGACGAGAAGCUCGAAACAUUCUUAUUCGAGUUGGCUUUGAGGUUGAGUGGAGAGAAUACCAGGGAGCAGAACUAGAGGGACAUUGGUUCAAAGCGCCAGAAGAAGUUGACGAUAUACUCAACUUUCUUGUGACGCACGUGGAAAAAUCGUGAAUAACACGUUUAUAUAUUUAUUCGAAAUAAGAACUGUUGCCACUA